AUGACAAGCAGCUUUUUAAGAAAAAGUGACAGUGCUGUGCAUCAGAGAGAAACUGGAAACAGAACUGCUCCCAGCUUCUUAAGUAACUUUGGUGGAGAUGAGGACUUGGACCGGGGUGCUAGCCUUGGAAAUAGAGUGGAAGAGAUAAAUUUUUUCAUAGAAAUGCUUUUUGGCAUCAUUGGAUUUCAAGCAGUGAGACUUCAUGCUAAUAUUUUAAACAUAAAAACUUUUAAAUGUAUGUUUUCAGGCUAUUUGCGCCUAGGAGCUAUGGCUAGAGAUAAAGGAAAUUUUUAUGAGGCUUCAGAUUGGUUUAAGGAAGCUCUUCAAAUUAAUCAGGACCAUCCAGAUGCUUGGUCUUUGAUUGGUAAUCUUCAUUUAGCAAAACAAGAAUGGGGUCCAGGACAGAAGAAAUUUGAGAGGAUAUUAAAGCAACCAUCUACGCAGAGUGAUACUUACUCUAUGCUGGCCCUUGGCAACGUCUGGCUCCAGACUUUGCAUCAGCCCACUCGAGAUCGAGAAAAGGAGAAGCGGCAUCAAGAUCGUGCUCUGGCCAUCUAUAAACAAGUACUCAGAAACGAUGCAAAGAAUCUGUAUGCUGCUAAUGGCAUAGGAGCUGUUUUGGCCCACAAAGGGUAUUUUCGUGAAGCUCGUGAUGUAUUUGCCCAAGUAAGAGAAGCAACAGCAGAUAUCAGUGAUGUGUGGUUGAACCUAGCGCAUAUCUACGUGGAACAGAAGCAGUAUAUCAGUGCUGUUCAGAUGUAUGAAAACUGUCUCAGAAAAUUCUAUAAGCACCAGAACACUGAAGUUGUGCUGUAUUUGGCCCGGGCCCUCUUCAAGUGUGGCAAGUUACAGGAGUGCAAGCAGACUUUACUAAAGGCUAGACAUGUGGCCCCCAGUGAUACAGUACUUAUGUUUAAUGUGGCCUUGGUCCUGCAAAGAUUAGCUACCUCUGUUCUGAAAGAUGAAAAGAGUAAUCUGAAGGAAGUACUGAAUGCUGUGAAAGAACUGGAGCUUGCACACAGAUACUUCAGUUACUUGAGUAAAGUGGGAGACAAAAUGAGAUUCGAUUUGGCCCUUGCUGCUACAGAAGCCAGGCAAUGCUCUGACUUACUGAGCCAGGCCCAGUACCACGUGGCCCGGGCACGUAAACAAGAUGAAGAAGAAAGGGAGUUACGGGCCAAACAAGAGCAAGAAAAGGAACUGUUAAGGCAGAAACUUCUUAAAGAACAGGAAGAGAAACGUCUCAGAGAAAAGGAAGAGCAAAAGAAACUUUUGGAACAGCGGGCCCAGUAUGUAGAGAAGACCAAAAAUAUUCUGAUGUUUACUGGAGAGACCGAAGCAACAAAAGAAAAGAAGAGAGGUGGUGGUGGUGGACGGCGUUCUAAAAAGGGAGGAGAGUUUGAUGAAUUUGUCAAUGAUGAUACCGACGAUGACCUGCCUAUAUCCAAAAAGAAGAAGAGAAGAAAGGGCAGUGGUAGUGAACAAGAAGGCGAAGAAGAGGAGGGUGGUGAGAGAAAGAAGAAAAAGAGGAGAAGACCUCCAAAGGGAGAAGAAGGAUCUGACGAUGACGAAACCGAAAAUGGCCCCAAACCGAAAAAGCGCCGUCCCCCAAGAGCAGAGAAGAAGAAGGCUCCUAAGCCAGAACGUCUGCCUCCUUCAAUGAAGGGCAAAAUAAAAUCGAAAGCCAUAAUAUCGUCAAGUGAUGAUUCUUCAGACGAAGAUAAACUUAAAAUUGCUGAUGAAGGGCAUCACCGAACCAGCAACAGCAACAGCGACUCGGAUGAGGGCGAGCGGCGGAAGAAGCGGGCCUCCUCAGAGAGCGAUUCUGAUGAGAACCAGAACAAGUCUGGCAGCGAGGCCGGGAGUCCCCGGAGGCCCCGCAGACAGCAGUCAGAUGAGGAUUCAGACAGUGACCAGCCAGCCAGAAAGAGAAGGCCCUCGGGUUCUGACCAGUCUGACAAUGAGUCUGUGCAGUCCGGGAGGAGCCGCUCUGGAGGCUCAGACAUGGACUCCCGCCCCGCUUCUCCAAGUGCCGAGUCCGAUCACGAUUCCGAGAGAGGCUCAGAUAAUGAGGGCUCUGGCCACGGCUCUGGAAAUGAAUCCGAACCAGAGGGAUCCAACAACGAGGCCUCGGAUCGGGGCUCAGAACAUGGGUCAGAUGAUAGCGACUAGGUUUUAUGUCAUAAAUAAGCUUCAUCUCUGGAGGAAACUUUUUUAAUAUAUGAAAGCUGUGAUAAAAACGUUUCAGAUGUUUAGUCAAACAAUUGUGAAAUUUUUCCUAAGGCAGUUUUUUUUUUCUACCCAUUUGUAUAUUACUAAGCCCCAAGAGAUAUUUCCUGUGCAGAGUCCAAUAUUUGAGUCUCUUGAGCAAAUGAAGAAUGUGACUAUUCUUCAUUAUGGUACAAUUCCACUUGUCAUAUGUGAAAACAGCAGUAAAAAUAAACCCAGAUGCUAAAUCAUUCCUACAGAGGUUUGACUGAAACUGGCAGACAUCUCAUCAUCUUGUAUGUUAAGCAGCAUACUGUUCUGGUUUUUAUUGCAAUCUUUUACUGAAUGGUGCAGGAAACUUGGUAUUAAUGUCUUUGUUCCAUUUUAAGUUGAGAUUGAGAAUAUUUUUAUUUUCUGGACAAAGAUCUGCUGUAUAAUUGCACCAACGUACAAGUAAAAGGAAGGUUUUCUUCAAUAUAGUGUAAUACUGCAGCCAUGUAGAUAAGAUCACAGAUAUAUAAUUUGUUAGGUUGAAUAAGAUGUGGAAAAAUGCUUUUCUGUUAGUAGAAUGCAAAGACCUACAUAAGCCACACAAUAAAAUUCUUCUACCAACUUU